UCCAUUUUCAUGGCUAGUCUUCGAGAUAUUGGGGUUUCAGCACUUCUUAACAUAAUCAGCGCCUUCGUCUUCUUACUAGCUUUUGCUCUUCUCAGAAUCCAACCCAUUAAUGACAGAGUUUAUUUCCCCAAAUGGUAUCUUGUUGGGGCAAGAACCAGUCCUACACACACUGCAAAUCUCGUCGCUAAGUUCGUCAAUCUUAAUUACAAGACUUAUCUUACUUUCCUUAACUGGAUGCCUCAAGCUUUACGUAUGAAGGAGCCUGAGAUUAUCGAUCAUGCUGGCCUUGAUUCUGCUGCUUUCUUGAGGAUUUACGUUCUUGGCAUAAAAAUUUUCGGGCCGGCCGCUAUUGUGGCAUUCUUGGUUCUUAUUCCGGUUAAUGUAACGGGUGGGCUGCUGUUUUUCCUCAGCAAAGAUUUGGUCAUCAGCGACAUCGAUAAGCUUUCGAUAUCAAAUGUUCAACCUAAAUCUCCAAAAUUUUUUGCGCACAUAUCGAUGAUGUAUUUGUUCACAUUUUGGACAUGCUACAUGCUCUACAAGGAGUACGAUGUGGUAGCAUUAAUGAGAUUGAACUUUUUGGCUUCAAAAAGUAGGCGAGCCGAGCAAUUUACGGUCUUGGUUAGAAAUGUACCCCAUGUGCCUGACCGUUCUAUUUCGGAUACUGUGGAUUUCUUCUUUAAAAAAAAUCACUCGAAUCAAUAUCUUUGUCACGAGUCCGUCUACAAUGCAAACAAGUUUGCAAGAGCGGUAAGAAAAAGACAAAAGCUGCAAAAUCGGUUAGACUACAAUCAUCUUAAGUUUGAAAGACGUCCGCACAAACGACCAACAAAAAAGACGGGCUUCCUUGGACUUUGGGGCAAAGAAGUAGAUUCCAUUGAAUACUAUCAACAACAGAUUAAAGAGCUCGACGAAAAGUUAAUGAUGGAGCGCCAGAGAAUUUUCAAAGACCCAAAAUGCAUCAUGCCAGCUGCAUUUGUAUCAUUCAACUCUCGGUGGGGUGCGGCCGUGUGUGCUCAGACACAGCAAAGCAAAAACCCGAUUCUAUGGUUGACAGAGUGGGCCCCUGAACCUCGAGAUAUUUACUGGAAAAAUCUUGCCAUACCCUUUGUUUCUUUAAGCAUCCGUAGACUAGUUAUAUCGUUAGCAGUCUUUGCUCUAGUGUUCUUCUACAUCAUACCCAUCGCAUUUGUUCAAUCGCUCGCCAAUCUUGACGGUCUUGAAAAGGUCGUCCCUUUCCUCAGGCCCGUUAUUGAAUUGAAAUUUAUCAAGUCUUUUCUUCAGGGUUUUCUUCCGGGUCUUGCUCUAAAGAUUUUUCUAUGGCUUCUUCCCGGUCUUCUUAUGACUAUGUCAAAACUCGAGGGUCACGUUGCGUUUUCCGUAUUGGAAAGACGGACAGCAGGAAAAUACUACUUUUUCAUGCUCGUGAAUGUUUUCUUAGGGAGUAUCGUAACCGGAACUGCAUUUGAGCAGCUCGAUUCUUUCCUUCACCAAUCACCCACCCAGAUUCCGAGGACCAUUGGGGUAUCGAUCCCAAUGAAGGCUACUUUCUUCAUCACGUAUAUAAUGGUUGACGGGUGGGCGGGCAUGGCCGGAGAGAUUCUCCGGUUGAAGCCUUUGAUCAUGUUUCAUAUCAAGAACAUGUUGAUUGUAAAAACCGAAAGAGAUCGACAAAAAGCAAUGAAUCCCAAGAGCAUAGAUUUCCCGGAGGCUAUUCCUUCUCUUCAACUAUACUUCCUCAUGGGCGCCGUGUAUGCUGUAGUUACCCCCAUCCUUCUUCCUUUUAUACUCAUCUUCUUUGCGUUUGCAUACUUCGUUUAUCGUCACCAGGUUAUUAACGUGUACCACCAACGAUACGAGAGUGCUGCUGCAUUCUGGCCACAUGUUCAUACUCGGAUAUUAGCGAGCUUGUUGAUAUCUCAGAUUCUUUUGUUGGGACUGCUUAGCACAAAAAAGGCUGUAAAUUCUACCCCUUUGCUUGUUGUCUUACCGGUUUUGACAAUAACGUUCCACAAGUACUGCAAGAACCGCUUCGAACCUGCUUUCCGAAAAUACCCUCUCGAGGAAGCAGUGGAGAAGGACACACAAGAUGAAGCUUCAGAACCUGAAAUCGACAUGAAAUCUUACUUAUCUGAGGCCUAUUUACAUCCGGUUUUACGUUCGUUUGAAGAAAUCGAGCUAGUUGAGGUCAAAGUUGACAAUAAGCGAGCCCACGUCCCGAGUCAACUAGCCAUCGAACCUGUUUCUGGGUCCCAUUCCACCGAACCGGCUUCCGGUUCCCAUUCAAACAGAGCAUCUCCUAACGUGCAGCAUCUUGAAGUAGUAGUCGAACAACACGAGAUUGUAUACAAGAAGCAACACGAAACGUCUAUUAAUGUGGGUGCGAUGCAUCAAUGAAACGCCGCACCCAAGCUAGAGUCUGACCCGAGCUAGAGUGUUUGAACAACGGCUAGAUGUAGCUUCUACAACCAUGGCUAACGCUAACGUGUUUUUAUAGCUGUGAGGUUUGUAGUUAACCAGUUUUAGAACUAUAGUGUUUUUGGCUAGUAAUGGUUUGCUAUCCUGAAUCAAAACCGAGCUAGAGUGUUUUAUUAUGUGUGCACAACGUGUAUGAAAUA